AUGGCGCCGCCGCCGCCGCCGCCCCGCCGCCGCCGCUUCCCGCGCCGGGGGCCCGGGGCCGCCGCCAACCGCUGCCGCCGGCCGUGCGGGGCCUCCGUCGUGCCGGCCGCGGGCCCGGCGCCCGCCGCCCGGCCCUCGCCUCGCCCGGCCCCUCGCUCCGCCGCGGCCCGGCGGCUCCGGAGCGCGGCCGGCGGGGAAGAGGCCGCGGGCUGUGCGCGGCGGCGGCGGCGGCGGCGGCAGGAACUGAUGUCAGGCGGGGCGGCGCCAAGGCGCCGGCCGGGCCGGGACGCCCGCGCCCGGAGACCCCGGGGUCCCCGAGACCGCAGACCCCGGGCCCCGACUCCGGCCCUCGUCAGCCAGAGCGUCCGGCCGGGGCCCCUCAGCCCCCAGACCCUUGGUCCCCUCAGCCCCUCCCAGACCCCGGAACGGCUCAGCGCGCCUAAGACCCGGGACCCCUCAGCUCCACCCAGACCCCGGGACCCCCUCAGACCCCCCCAGACCCCGAGACCCCUCAGCCCCCCUAGACCCCGGGACCCCUCAGCACCCCCCAGACCCCGGGACCCUUCAGCCGUCCCCAGACCCCAGGACCCCUCAGCCCCCCUAGACCCCGGGACCCCUCAGCACCCCCCAGACCCCGGGACCCUUCAGCCGUCCCCAGUCCCCAGGACCCCUCAGCCCCCACCCAGACCCCGGGCGCCGACCCCCAGACUCUGGGACCCCUCAGCUACCCCGCCCCCCCAGGCCCCGGGACCCCUCAUCCUCCCCAGACCCCGGGCCCUGACCCCCCCGUCCUCGUCAGCCCACGAACCCAGGCCUCCCGGGCCUCCUCGGCGCCCCCAGCCCCUGCACCCGCCGGGGGACCCUGGAGGCCCCCACGGAUCCCGGGGAUCUGGAGAUCCCCUCAGCCCAGAGACCCCUCCCACGCUCCCCUUCCCUAGUCCAGAGGUCCCCGCCAUGCCAGGACCCUGA